UCGUUCGAUACGAUUUGAAUUCGCGCUUCCCGUGAACGCGCCAUUGCAUCGCGGCUUCCGGUUUCCUAGCGCGCGCGGUGAAGAUCGGACUUUACAGUCUCUGUCCUUUUCCGGUUCUUUUGGAAAGUACCUUAUAUUUGUACAAAAUGGCGAAGCGUACAAAGAAGGUUGGAAUCACAGGAAAGUAUGGUACCCGAUAUGGUGCCUCACUUAGGAAAAUGGUUAAGAAGAUGGAAAUUACCCAACACAGCAAAUAUACCUGUACAUUCUGUGGCAAGGAUGCAAUGAAGCGAAGUGUUGUGGGUAUCUGGUCAUGUAAACGUUGUAAAAGGACAGUUGCAGGAGGUGCAUGGGUUUAUUCGACAACAGCUGCUGCAUCUGUUAGGUCUGCUGUCAGGAGAUUGCGUGAAGUUAAAGAACAAUAAGUAAAUAUAAUAAAUAUAUUGUAAUAAUA